GCAGCAUAAAUAUCAAAACCUAUCUUUUUCACUCUCCUUGCAGAAGCAAUUUCUUCUUCUUCUUCUGUCUGUACAAUUUGCAUGGCCGUUAACAAGACCAAGACUAACAGCAAUGUUGUUUGUGGUGGAGGAAGUUCGAGUGAGAGUGGGAGUUCGCCCAGUCCGCCACCGUCGCCGCCCCGUCCCGCUAGUGUCUCCCAAUGCCGGCGGCGGAUGCUGAUGCGUACGAAGUCCCUGCAGCCUCAUUGUCGUCGUGAAGGCCUGAUCGCAUGUCUGCUCGUCAGGCGGAAGUACAUGAUUGUGCUGCCGUUGCUGUACAUCUCCGGGCUGCUCAUGUGUGUGGGGCCCUUCUCAGCUCUCGUUGGCCGUACUGUUUCUCCUGGUUCGGUAUACCGUAGCCACGAGUUGUUUGAGAAAUUGUGGCCUGAUAUCGAGAGUGAUAACUCCACUGCAAUUGAGCUGUCUUCUGUGUGGAAAUACAAAAGGGGGCCGAAAAUGCAAAGACCUUGUCCAAAUUCAACAUCUGGACAAAAUAUUGGUGUACGCAAUGGGUCAUCUGCUCCAAGUGGUUACUUGAUUGUUGAGGCUAAUGGUGGUCUUAACCAACAGCGUUCUGCGAUCUGCAAUGCAGUGGCUGUUGCUGGACUUUUGAAUGCAAUACUAGUGAUCCCUCGCUUUGAUUUCCAUAGUGUCUGGAGAGAUCCAAGUGAGUUUGCGGACAUAUAUGAUGAAGAUCACUUUGUUGCCACUCUUGAGGGAUAUGUGAGUGUUGUUAGAGAGCUGCCUGAGGAACUAUUGGAUAGAUAUGAUUAUAAUUUGAGUAAUAUUCCAAGUAUUCAUGUCCAAGCGUGGGCUAAACCCAAGUAUUACUUGGCACAAGUUUAUCCUGUCCUGCAGGACAAAGGGGUUAUUCGCAUAGCACCAUUUGCUAAUAGAUUGGCGAUGAAUGUUCCACCUCAUAUACAGUUGCUAAGAUGCAUUGCUAAUUAUAAAGCAUUACAAUUCUCUUCCUCCAUAUCAUCUCUUGCGGAGAAGUUGGUUAGCCGGAUGAUUGAAAACAGCUCAAGGACUGAUGGGAAGUAUGUCUCUGUCCAUCUACGGUUUGAGGAGGACAUGGUGGCCUUCUCAUGCUGUGUGUAUGAUGGAGGAAAGGCUGAAAAAAAUGAAAUGGAUUCAUUUCGAGAAAUAGGGUGGAAGGGGAAGUUCAGACAAAAAGAUCGGGUUAUUGUACCUGGUCUUAAUCGAAUCAGCGGGAAAUGCCCUCUCACCCCUUUGGAGGUUGGGAUGGUGCUACGUGGUAUGGGACUCGAUAACGACACUUCAAUUUAUUUAGCCUCAGGGAAAAUUUACCAGGCAGAGAGACAUUUAGCUCCUUUAAGAAAGAUGUUCCCCCUUCUCUACACCAAGGAGUCUCUUUCAACCCCAGAAGAACUUGCUCCUUUCGAGGACUAUUCUUCGAGAUUGGCUGCUUUGGAUUAUACAGUGUGCUUGUACAGUGAGGUCUUUGUAACAACUCAGGGGGGCAACUUCCCACACUUUCUGAUGGGCCACCGAAGGUUCCUUUUCGAUGGACAUGCAAAGACCAUUAAUCCCGAUAAACGCAAGCUUGUUGUAUUACUGCAGGACAUGGAUAUUAGUUGGAAAGCCUUCAAGGAUCAGAUGGAAAUAGUGCUUGCUGAAAGUGAUCGCAAGGGAAUGAUGGUACCCAGAGUCAGAAAAUUCAACAGGAAAACAUCAGUUUACACCUAUCCACUGCCGGAAUGUAGGUGUAUCCCUCAAUUACGUAACUCAUCACUCAAAUUGACCAAGUCUGCAAUUCUUCAUUCAUAACUAGAGUCCACGAGAUAAUGAAUUCCAUCCUUCAGUUGCUUACCUCAUAUCUGCAUUGCCAUCAUUUUCCUUUGCAAAAGCAGUACCAAAUGCGUCUCUCUCAGCGACAUCCAAUUUUUGAUGGAGUGAAGAAUUUAUAUUCAUUUUUUGUUUUCAAUGAGGAGGCUUCCCGCUCUUCUCCAGGUUAUUUAGGAUUAUAAAAAAUUUUGAACUAAUCGGUUGGUGCAGGCAAAUAUUGCUUGCCUUUUUGAUGCGUGAAUAGGCUUUUACGGUGUAAUUACGACUAGCAACAGGGAUCAAACGUGGUUGUGAUUUUUUCUUUUUCAUGUUUGAGUUUAUUCUUCUGUGUUCAAUUUAAAUGUAUAGGAAAAAUCAAGGAAUUUAGUUUUUGUACUAAAAUUUCUUAUAGAAGUUCAAUUUCCUCUGCUGGUA